AUCUCAACUUUCUUUUUUCCUUUUGAAAAUUGGGUUCAUGGCAAGCAAUGUAUUUUAACGUCCAUUAGUUGUGGCAUGCUAUAUAUAGACAUUGAGGAGGGACACACAGAGAGCAGUCAUUGCCUUGUCAAAAUCCUUUAGACCAACGUUGUCUUCGGAACCUCAUUUUACAUGGUUUGUUAACUUGUUAUUUGUGUUGUCGUUGCUGUUGUUUUUUGUCAUCCAGAAUAUCCAGGGUACCCGUUUCUCAGAAUCAUACUUUGCUUCACAAUCUUGAUACCCUUUGGUGAAAAAUCGCUUCUGGGGUCUUAAAGGACCAAACUUGGAUUGAGGGUCGUGAUGGAACAGAAACACGUUCUGUUGUCAGCAUUGAGCGUUGGGGUUGGGUUGGGUGUGGGACUUGGGUUGAGCUCAGGGCAGAAAUGGGUUGGCGGGUAUCGUGACUCUGAUGAGCUUUCCCUGGAGCAGAUUAUGCAGGAGCUCAAGAAGCUGGUGGUUGAAGGAAGGGAUGGAAAGCAUACAUUUGAGGACUUUCCAUAUUACUUAAGUGAAAGAAUUCGUGCUUUGUUGACAAGUGCUGCAUAUAUUCAUUUAAAGCAUCUUCACUUUUCCAAGCACACCAGGAACCUCUCACCAGCAAGCAGGUCUAUUUUGCUAUCUGGUCCAGCAGAAUCUUACCAGCAAGCCCUUGCCAGAGCUUUAGCUCAUUACUUUGAAUCAAAGUUGCUGUUGUUAGAUAUUACCGACUUCUCUUUGAAGUUGCAGAACAAAUUUGGAUGUUCCAGAAAAAUACCAUCUUUGAAAAGGUCAAUAUCUGAGGCAACCUUGGAGCGAAUGUCUGGUUUGUUUGGUUCCUUUUCGAUGCUUUCUUCACAAGGAGAAACAAGAGGAAUUUUGCGUCAACAAAGCAGUGCGGCUGAAAGUUCCAAUCCUCCAAAGCUUAGGAGGAAUGCUUCUGCUGCAUCUGAUAUAAGUAGCACUUCUUCCCAGAGUGGUCCAACACUUCCAGCACGUUUGAAGCGCACAAGUAGCUUGUGUUUUGAUGAGAAGCUCUUUGUGCAGGCACUCUACAAGCUUUUGGUUUCUAUCACAGAAACUAGUUCCAUCAUUUUAUACAUAAGGGAUGUUGAGAAGCUCGUUCUCCAAUCAAGAUUAUAUAAUUUACUACAAAAAAUGAUAAAGAAACUAUCAGGCUCAGUGUUGAUACUUGGGUCCCAGAUAUUAGAUUCAGAAGACGAUUGCAAAGAAGUUGAUGAAAGGCUCUCUGCGCUAUUCCCCUACAACAUUGAAAUCAGAGCUCCUGAAGAUGAAACUCAAUCUGGCAAUUGGAAAGGAUCACUGGAAGAGGAUAUGAAAGCUAUUCAGUUCCAAGAUAACAGAAACCACAUUGCUGCAGUACUAGCAGCAAAUGACAUUGAAUGUGAUGACUUGAACGCAGUCUGCCAUUCAGAUACUAUCGUACUCAGCAAUUAUAUUGAAGAAAUUGUAGUAUCUGCAAUAUCUUACCAUUUGAUGAAUACCAAGGAUCCAGAAUAUCGAAACGGAAAGCUAGUUAUAUCAGCCAACAGUUUGUCCCAUGGAUUGAGUCUUUUCCAGGAAGGCAAGAGUAGUGGGAAUCUGAAGACUAAUGAAUCUAACAAGGAAAAUGCUGGGGAAAAUGUCGCUGGUGCAAAGAAUGAAGUUAAGAGUGACAAUCAAGCACCUGAAAACAAGAAUGAGACAGAGAAAUCCAUCCCGGUAACAAAGAAAGAGGGCGAAAAUCCUCCACCUGCAAAAGUAGAAAUUCCUGACAACGAGUUUGAGAAGCGCAUAAGACCUGAGGUUAUCCCAGCAAAUGAAAUAGGGGUUACAUUUGCAGAUAUUGGUGCAUUGGAUGAGAUCAAAGAAUCACUUCAAGAGCUGGUAAUGCUUCCCCUUAGAAGGCCUGAUCUCUUCAAAGGGGGGCUGCUAAAGCCGUGUAGAGGUAUAUUGCUUUUUGGGCCUCCUGGUACUGGGAAAACAAUGCUAGCAAAAGCCAUUGCAAAUGAAGCUGGUGCAAGUUUCAUUAAUGUCUCAAUGUCCACUAUUACAUCAAAAUGGUUUGGAGAAGAUGAAAAGAAUGUCCGAGCUCUAUUCACACUGGCAGCUAAGGUUGCUCCAACAAUCAUCUUUGUUGAUGAAGUUGACAGCAUGCUUGGACAGAGGACUAGAGUAGGAGAGCAUGAGGCGAUGAGGAAGAUAAAAAAUGAGUUCAUGACACAUUGGGAUGGGCUAUUAACAGGACCUAAUGAGCAGAUUUUGGUUCUUGCUGCAACCAACAGACCAUUUGACCUUGAUGAAGCUAUCAUAAGACGGUUUGAGCGCAGGGUCCUGGUUGGUCUUCCAUCUGCUGAUAACAGGGAGAAGAUCUUGAAGACUCUUCUGGCCAAAGAAAAACAUGAAAACUUAGACUUCAAAGAGUUGGCAACCAUGACAGAAGGAUAUACUGGAAGUGAUCUUAAGAAUUUGUGCAUCACUGCUGCUUAUCGACCUGUUAGAGAGCUAAUACAGCGGGAGAGAGUAAAAGAAAUGGAAAAGAAGAAAAGAGAGACUGAAGGCCAAAACUCUGAAGAUGUUUCAAACAACAAUGAUAAUAAGGAAGACCAAGAAAUUACCCUCAGGCCUUUAAAUAUGGAAGACAUGAAGCAGGCUAAGAGUCAGGUUGCUGCAAGUUUUGCAUCAGAAGGAUCCGUAAUGAAUGAGUUGAAGCAGUGGAAUGAUUUAUAUGGAGAAGGAGGUUCAAGGAAGAAGCAACAACUCACUUACUUCCUUUAGAUUGGAGAAUGCUACUUAUAUUUUGCAUUUGUUGCCAUUCAUCUUCAAUGAUACAUUUCAACAAAGGAAGGAGUCCUUCACAAGAGAUGUUGAAAUCAAAAUGAAGCAUGGCCAAAUUUCUGACUAUACCCCAAAUGUCACACAUCUUAUGAUUUCCAGAAAAGCAUUGUCUAAAGAAUGUGUUGAUGAAAGGAUUCUCAGUUUUCGUUUGGAUUUUUCUACAAACAAAUGAAGAGCUGUUUUAGGGGAUAUAUGUUUUGUCAUGCACGGUUUUGGAAGAUGCAAUGGCUUUGUAGGAAUAGGAACAUUUUACACCAAACCUUUUAGGUAUGCUGUAUUAUAUAUGAUCAGAAUUUUAAGACAUUAGAAUUUUGUAAAUUGCUUGUGUAACUGUAUCGCUCAUACAGUUUGGUUCAAUUAUUUAUGUGAAUUGUAUCUUAGUGAAUGUUUCACAUUUACGUGAA